GUCAUUAUAAUCAAAACGGAUUUCAAAUUCGAACUUAAACUGGCGUAUAAAAUAAAAAUUGUGAAGCGUCUUCGGUUUGUUGUUUGUUAAAACUAAAUGUGUUCCGUAUUUUCAGUGAAUAUUCUUUAUCAUAUUUGAUUAUAUAAAUGGCUUCCAUGGUUGACCACCUUAACAAGCUGAGAGAGGAACGAAUUGCGAGAGAGAAAGCAAGGAUAGAAAAGCUAAGAGAACUAAAUCUGAAAAAAUAUAGUAGCAAUGAUUUCCAACUCCCGAAAUCUUCUUCUUCUGUAUCUAUCACUGCCAAACCAAGAUCAGAGGUUGCAGCAGUAGCUCCUACCACAUCCAAAUCUGACACUCAAACUAUCAUCAAAAACAAUAAUAGUAGUACUAAAAAUAUUUUUAAAAGACCAACUACAGCGCUUAAAAUCCACCCAAAUAAAGAUGGAGGUAAAAAUAUUUCAACAAAUAAUGCUAAUCUAACAACUAGUAAACUUCCUGAGAAAAGUAAAGUAGUCAUCUCUGUGAAAACCGUUAGCAACAAAGUAUGUGGUGAUGUUAAAAAUAGAGAUGAUAACAACACAAAACAGGUUUCGGUCGGAAAAGUUACUAUUCAGAACACCAAAAUACCUAACAAAGUUAAAACUAAUGUGAUGAACACUGUAAAUGAUAAAAAAUUAAAUAAUCAAGUUGAAAAUAAAGAAAGUGAAGAUUUAAAAAAUGCUAAAGAAAAAGGACCCAAUGAAAAGAGUAUUCCGAAAGUUUUAGUAACUGGUCAAGCAAAUGACCCUGAUCUAAACACGGAAGCUGAAACCGUAGAUGAUAAACCCCUGACACAAAUUUACUCUGAAACAGACAUUCAAGUUAAAAAGAGUAAUUUAAAAACCGCGAUACCAGUGCAAAAACUAAACGGGGCUAAACCUCUUAAUGGAUACCAAGUGAUUAAUAAAAACAAUUUUAAUUCACGCAAAAGUAUUGCUGUACUACCCAAAUUUGAUAAUAAACCGAAAACAUUUAACAGAAGAAAAACUAUGCUUCCUGAGCCAAGGGAGAAAAGUUCUAACACGAAUUCAACAAAUUCUAAAGAGUCUGUGUUUGAUAGACUUUACAAACCGAAAAUCGUACACAAGCAACCUAUUGAUAAUGUUACAAAACUAAAAACUGAUCCGAAUUACCUUAAAAAGGUAAUAAAAGAUUCCCAAUUGAUAACUAAUAGAAGACAGACUUUUUUCGAACAAAAAGCUGAAGUGAGACGUUCAAUAUCCGCUAUACAUUUUAAAAGAGUUCACAAAAGUGAAAUAAGCAACUGCAUCCAUAAAUGGGCGUCGAUCGGAGACAACAUUAACAAAGAGGACUUGCAAAACGUAAAUGAAGACGAAAGUUUGAAAGAAGAGAAAGUUAUUUCCGCUGUUAAAAGCGAGAGGAAGAGAGUCAAGUUCCGUACACCUCUACCGUAUAACUUUAACACUCCGAGGCCAGAAGAGCUGCGGUCAAAAUUGCAGAAUUGGUGUAAAAAGAAGGGAAAAUCCAUAGAUUCGUAUCACCAUUUGCAAUGUUUUGGACUUCACCAUCUAUCAAACGGUGUUAAGCCAUUGGAUGUACUGCAGUUUGAUGAUGCAGAUGACAAUAAAGAAAAUAUAGCGUUAGAACAUGACAGUGAUAAUGAGUCAUUUUUAGAAAACAACAAUCAAAAUGGUAAUCUGGACGGUGAGGAUAAAAGCCAGUUCUCCGCGGACAAAUGGCGUAGAGCUAGUAACACUACUGACACUAGUGACUUUAAUGAGAGCUACAUAUCCACGUUGACCUCGAGCGAGGCGGUGCACCAUGUCGACGAAUUGCUGCUGGGUGCAUUAAAUGAUUUGACGGAGCUAUUGCGCGAGGGUUUUGACUGGGAGCAAUGCGCGCGGUGGCUUCGCGCGGUCCGCGAGCGGUUCCCCGGCGCGCCCGACUCGGCGCCCUACUGGGAGUGUCGCGCGGCGCUCGAGGAGAGGCGCGGCGACCUCCACGCCACCGUGCAGUGUCUGGAGGAGGCCAUCGCUAAGGGCACCGAACAAUCGGUGGUGGAAGCAAACCUGGACAGUCUGCUUAAUAAGUUCAUGCAACUGAAAAUAAGCCCCAGCAGUGGGCGCAGCAGGGUGGAGGUGGAUCCCAAACUCGUCGACGUCAAGAACGUGUUCAAGAGCACCAUCAUACGCUUUGCUGUACAGCAGGCUAAGUUACGUCAAUCAAACGGCACUCCAAAGUAUACAGUGACGCCGGUGCGUCGAAGCCACCGUCUUAGUCGGACGCACACCCCUGUUCGCAUAUGCAGCACGAUACACCAGGCGAAGGAGCUCGGUGCUGAGUUCAGACCCAACAAAGCACUUAUUGACAGCCCAUAGGAAUCAUUGCUACGGUAGUUUCCUAGCACAUUUCGCGCAGGCGCACUAUGCGCCGCAGGCAUAGUUUUGUACAUUAUUCUUUAUUACAUACAAUACAACCUCAAAAUAACAAAUCGGAAAGGAACAAGUAAAUAUUCCUUACAUGAAGGUUUCUUUAUAUUGAGGUUAGAUUGAUUGAUUAGAUCUAAACUUCGGUAGAAAAUGAAUAGUCUUAUUAACCUGAACAUUGUUUUUGAUAGGUGACAAUAUAUGAGUCGACAAAUUUAGUUAAUGAGAGGUAUUUACACUUUUUUUGCUUGUUGAAAAUUCGUUAUAAGUAGGUUAUCCGCAAAUGUAUAUUUUACAUUGACUCUCAUGGACAAUUCAAGUGGAUAACGAAGAAUUUGUUAAAUCGAGGAAGUCGUUAUAUUAAGGUUCCACUUUAUUAUCUAGCCAUUUUAUUUGCACCAUAUUCCCCAACUUUAAUCCAUUUUUGUCUCCUGACGUAGGUCUUCAAAGUGCGUAAUUUACGCGAAUUCUUUCUCACUGAACGCUGGCGUGUAUGUAAAUUUUAAAACAAUUAGGUGCUGUGACUAGAAUGACACGUUUAAUAAUAGUGCACUUGUCAUAGACAAUAGCACGCUGUAAUUGGUGCUUUAACAUUUGAAGAGGCGCUGACGCGACCAAGCGGGCUCACGAGGUAUCCUUGUACCUCACUGUACGCUUAAACCAGCGAUCCUAUCGAUAGAUAUUUUCUGAAAAAAUACUUUUACAUAACGAUUGUUGAAUUAAAAUAUAACCAUGCUUAUUUAACUAAUGGUAAUUUAACAUAUAAAAUUUAAAUAUAGUUUUUCAUAAAAUUUUUAUUUAAUAGUAAAUUUGUGUGCAAAAAAAAACCAUUGAAACAUAGAAUAUGUUUUAUGUUGGCUAAAAUAUCUCACAAAAAAAAAGAUAUAUAGUUCAUACGUGGCAGUUUAUGAGCAUUAAAAGAUGUGGCUGUGAUUUAUUUCUGGGUGAAUUUUUUUUAUUUGCAGGACCAUAUCUAUUCAUUUGUAUAUAUGUCACUUAUGCUUUAUACAACGGAGGUCUUUUAAUUCUCUUGAUAUUUGCCUUGAAACUUCUAGUUUGGAGGUUUAAAAUUGCAUUUAACAAUUUAUUUCAAAGUGAAGGGUGCGUUCUUUAAGGUCAUUGAUAAAAUUCAAUUGGGAACUAAAAUUGAUAUUUAAAUCUAUUUUUUCUUUAUUAAAUAUGGCGCUUGCACUACACUUCUGUACUUCGCUACUUUCAGAGCUCUAAUGACACCUCAUUAUUUCAUCUGUAUAAUAAUUCAUCCAAUAUUAAAAAUAUGCAGCUUAGGUAAAGCAUUUUAUUUCGUGUUUUUCUUAAUAAUUUUUUUUUUUAGUUUCUUCAACAUUAUACUUUGAAAUAUUUUCAAAUUGAGUUGAAUGUACAGUUCAUUCAAGAUUUAAAAGAUUUGCAUUUUUUUUAAGGUUAUUGAACUUGGCGUAUAGCGCUGUCCUGGGGUGUUGCCCUGUGAAUGACAUAAAAAUUACCAUUUUCUUAUAAACUAUUUGAAUAUCAAAUUUAAAAAUAUUUAAUAUAUAUUCAAUGAUUGAUUAAGUUGACAAUAUAAUAUUUGUACAUAUUUUAAUGCAUUAUUUUUCGCUACGACUAUGCAAAGUUUGCUGGUAUAUCUACUUUUCUAGUGAUAUUUUUUUUCUGGCUGGUACAUGAAAGGCAGUAAAUCAUGUUAAAACCAAAUAAUUUAAAUUAAGUGACUUAUUUAAGGCAUUUAAAAUUUAUCUGUAUAAUUAAAA